CUCAUUCAGUCAGUCAGUCAGUCAGUCGGUAAGGUCAGGCGUCAGCCCCCUCCGCCCGCCCUCCCUGUGACGAGCCCCAGGAUCGGGGGAAGCGGGAGCGCCCACGCAGCUCGCACUCCCCAGUCUGACCCUCUCGCCUCUCACCUUUCUAACGUCCCACCCUGAGGAGACAGGCACAGCUUGACACUACCCCCUGAGGGUCCUUCAGGCCAGGGGCAGCCAUGUCACAGUUCUCCACCAUGACAACCAGGGAAAGGAAAAUGCAGGCGGCAGCAAUCUGCAGGGAGGUUCAAGCCCAGGAAGACCCUGAGAUGGAUCUGGGGAAGAAAGUGAGCGUGCCUAAGGACAUCAUGCUGGAGGAGCUGUCUCUUGCCUCAAACCGGGGCUCCCGCCUCUUCAAAAUGCGCCAGAAGCGCUCAGAAAAAUACACGUUCGAGAGCAUCCAGAAUGAAAACAACAAGUUCAAUAAUGCGCUGGUUACCCAGAGCCAGAAUGGGACUGCCGCAGACAGCCAAAGCGGCGAGAGCAACUUGGGCGUCAACCAGCCACCUAAUGUGACAUCUGACACACCAGACACAAGAGUGGAGCCAAAUCCAAACAGUAUUGCCCCAGGAUAUGGAGGUCCUUUGAAAGACAUCCCUCCAGAGAGGUUUAACAGCACAGCAGUGCCAAAGUCCUACCAUUCACCCUGGGAGCAGGCCAUCAUCAACGACCCAACCUUGGCUGACACUCUCCUCAUCCGCAUGCCUGAGAUGGAGCCCCGACAAGACCUACCAGGUUACAAAAGCUUUAACAGGGUGGCCACGCCUUUCGGCGGUUUCGGCAAGGCGCCCAGACCCGCGCCCAUCAAGCCCCUGCAGGUGGAAACCUUCCCGGAGCUCCCCGAGCUCCAGGCGGACGUUUCUGUGAAUCGACCCACCUUCAACAGAGCUGCUCUGGGGUGGGUGUCGACGGGUGGUCCUGUGUCCCUCCCGACCAUUUCCCUCGAGCCUGUGCUCAUCCCUGAGUCAGAAGACCUUUGAUACCGUAAUGAAGUCACACAGAGAUGCUGUCUACUCACUUGAGGUUAUGGUGGGAGGGGUGACAUUUCAUUUCUGUCGGGACCGAGUCAGGUUGAGAGAAGGCUUCGUGUUGGGUUCAAGUUAGCAUGUAUGCAGCACCACUUGGUUUUCCAGUCAUGUUAACUGUUGUGUUGCAGGGAGAAACAAACAAAUCACUAUGUAUAGUAGACAGACACACCGCUGGAAUAAACGCGUUGUAUAUUAAUGUGCAUAAGAAUGUUUUAUGGUGCAAACACAGGGUUUUGCUCAAUAAAGUGGUGUAGAAUCAAAAA